GGCGGCGAGCGGAGCCCGGAGGAGGAGGAGGAGGGGGAGCCGCUCAUUCAUUUGACUCCGGGUUUCUGCCCCUCGCUGGCCUCGCCUGCGACCCGGACUUGGGGCGAUCUUGCGAACUGCGUCGCGCCCUCCCGCGGCGGAGGCUCGGGCGUCCGGCCACCUCCCGCGCGGCCAGGGCCGGGCUUGUUUUUCCUCGCCGUGGCAGAUUUGGGCUUUGCCCCCUUUCUUUGCAGUUUUUCCCCCUUCCUGCCUCUCCGGGUUUGAAAAUGGAGGCCGACGACGCCGACAGCCCGCCCCGGCGCGCCUCGAGUUGCCGACUCCGCCGAGCCCUGGGCCGCUGCUGCCGGCGCUGAGGGGCCGCCCCGCGCCGCCCGCCCCGUCCGCGCACCCGGAGGGCCCCGGCGGCACCGCCUUCGGAGUAUUGUUUCCUUCGUCCUUGUUUUUGGAGGGGGAGCGAAGACUGAGUUUGAGACUUGUUUCCUUUCCUUUCUUUUUUUUUUCUUUUUCUUUUCUUUUCUUUUUUUUUUUUUUUUUUGAGAAAGGGGAAUUUCGUCCCAAAUAAAAGGAAUGAAGUCUGGCUCUGGAGAAGGGUCCCCGACCUCGCUGUGGGGGCUCCUGUUUCUCUCCGCCGCGCUCUCGCUCUGGCCGACGAGUGGAGAAAUCUGUGGGCCGGGCAUCGACAUCCGCAACGACUAUCAGCAGCUGAAGCGCCUGGAGAACUGCACAGUGAUCGAGGGCUACCUCCACAUCCUGCUCAUCUCCAAGGCCGAGGACUACCGUAGCUACCGCUUCCCCAAGCUCACGGUCAUCACCGAGUACUUGCUGUUGUUCCGAGUGGCUGGCCUAGAGAGCCUCGGAGACCUGUUCCCCAACCUCACGGUAAUCCGCGGCUGGAAACUCUUCUACAACUACGCCCUGGUCAUCUUUGAGAUGACCAAUCUCAAGGAUAUUGGGCUUUACAACCUGAGGAACAUUACUCGGGGGGCCAUCAGGAUUGAGAAAAAUGCUGACCUCUGUUACCUCUCCACUGUGGACUGGUCCCUGAUCCUGGAUGCAGUGUCCAAUAACUACAUUGUGGGGAAUAAGCCCCCAAAGGAAUGUGGGGACCUGUGUCCGGGGACCAUGGAGGAGAAGCCGAUGUGCGAGAAGACCACCAUCAACAAUGAGUACAACUACCGCUGCUGGACCACAAACCGCUGCCAGAAAAUGUGCCCGAGUGCCUGUGGGAAGAGGGCAUGCACCGAGAACAACGAGUGCUGCCACCCCGAGUGCCUGGGCAGCUGCAGCGCACCUGACAACGACACGGCCUGUGUAGCUUGCCGCCACUACUACUACGCCGGUGUCUGCGUGCCUGCCUGCCCGCCCAACACCUACAGGUUUGAGGGCUGGCGCUGUGUGGACCGUGACUUCUGCGCCAACAUCCUCAGCGCCGAGAGCAGCGACUCCGAGGGUUUUGUGAUCCACGACGGCGAGUGCAUGCAGGAGUGCCCCUCAGGCUUCAUCCGCAACGGCAGCCAGAGCAUGUACUGCAUCCCUUGUGAAGGUCCUUGCCCCAAGGUCUGUGAGGAAGAAAAGAAAACAAAGACCAUUGAUUCUGUUACUUCUGCUCAAAUGCUCCAAGGAUGCACCAUCUUCAAGGGCAAUUUGCUCAUUAACAUCCGACGGGGGAAUAACAUUGCUUCAGAACUGGAGAACUUCAUGGGGCUCAUCGAGGUGGUGACGGGCUACGUGAAGAUCCGCCAUUCCCAUGCCUUGGUCUCCUUGUCCUUCCUAAAAAACCUUCGCCUCAUCUUAGGAGAGGAGCAGCUAGAAGGGAAUUACUCCUUCUACGUCCUCGACAACCAGAACUUGCAGCAACUAUGGGACUGGGACCACCGCAACCUGACCAUCAAAGCAGGGAAAAUGUACUUUGCUUUCAAUCCCAAAUUGUGUGUUUCGGAAAUUUACCGCAUGGAGGAAGUGACGGGGACUAAAGGGCGCCAAAGCAAAGGGGACAUAAACACCAGGAACAACGGGGAGAGAGCCUCCUGUGAAAGUGACGUCCUGCAUUUCACCUCCACCACCACGUGGAAGAAUCGCAUCAUCAUAACCUGGCACCGGUACCGGCCCCCUGACUACAGGGAUCUCAUCAGCUUCACCGUUUACUACAAGGAAGCACCUUUUAAGAAUGUCACGGAGUAUGAUGGGCAGGAUGCCUGCGGCUCCAACAGCUGGAACAUGGUGGACGUGGACCUCCCGCCCAACAAGGACGUGGAGCCCGGCAUCUUACUGCAUGGGCUGAAGCCCUGGACUCAGUACGCCGUUUACGUCAAGGCUGUGACCCUCACCAUGGUGGAGAACGACCAUAUCCGUGGGGCCAAGAGUGAGAUCUUGUACAUUCGCACCAAUGCUUCAGUUCCUUCCAUUCCCUUGGACGUUCUUUCAGCAUCGAACUCCUCUUCGCAGUUAAUCGUGAAGUGGAACCCUCCCUCUCUGCCCAACGGCAACCUGAGUUACUACAUUGUGCGCUGGCAGCGGCAGCCUCAGGACGGCUACCUUUACCGGCACAAUUACUGCUCCAAAGACAAAAUCCCCAUCAGGAAGUAUGCCGACGGCACCAUUGACAUUGAGGAGGUCACAGAGAACCCGAAGACUGAGGUGUGUGGUGGAGAGAAAGGGCCUUGCUGCGCCUGCCCCAAAACUGAAGCUGAGAAGCAGGCCGAGAAGGAGGAGGCUGAGUACCGCAAAGUCUUUGAGAAUUUCCUGCACAACUCCAUCUUUGUGCCCAGACCGGAAAGGAAGCGGAGAGAUGUCAUGCAAGUGGCCAACACCACCAUGUCCAGCCGAAGCAGGAACACCACGGCGGCAGACACCUACAACAUCACAGAUCUGGAAGAGCUAGAGACAGAGUACCCUUUCUUUGAGAGCAGAGUGGAUAAUAAGGAGAGAACUGUCAUUUCUAACCUUCGGCCUUUCACAUUGUACCGCAUUGAUAUCCACAGCUGCAACCACGAGGCUGAGAAACUGGGCUGCAGCGCCUCCAACUUUGUCUUUGCAAGGACUAUGCCUGCAGAAGGAGCAGAUGACAUUCCUGGGCCAGUGACCUGGGAGCCAAGGCCUGAAAACUCCAUCUUUUUAAAGUGGCCAGAACCUGAGAAUCCCAAUGGAUUGAUUCUAAUGUAUGAAAUAAAAUACGGAUCACAAGUUGAGGAUCAGCGAGAAUGUGUGUCCAGACAGGAAUACAGGAAGUAUGGAGGGGCCAAGCUAAACCGGCUAAACCCGGGGAACUACACAGCCCGGAUUCAGGCUACAUCUCUCUCUGGGAAUGGGUCGUGGACAGAUCCUGUGUUCUUCUAUGUCCAGGCCAAAACAGGAUAUGAAAACUUCAUCCAUCUGAUCAUCGCUUUGCCCGUCGCUGUCCUGUUGAUCGUGGGAGGGUUGGUGAUUAUGCUGUACGUCUUCCAUAGAAAGAGAAAUAACAGCAGGCUGGGGAAUGGAGUGCUGUACGCGUCUGUGAACCCGGAGUACUUCAGCGCUGCGGAUGUGUACGUUCCUGAUGAGUGGGAGGUGGCUCGGGAGAAGAUCACCAUGAGCCGGGAACUUGGGCAGGGGUCGUUUGGGAUGGUCUAUGAAGGAGUUGCCAAGGGUGUGGUGAAAGACGAACCUGAAACCAGAGUGGCCAUUAAAACAGUGAACGAGGCCGCGAGCAUGCGUGAAAGGAUCGAGUUUCUCAACGAGGCUUCUGUGAUGAAGGAGUUCAAUUGUCACCAUGUGGUGCGGUUGCUGGGUGUGGUGUCCCAGGGCCAGCCAACGCUGGUCAUCAUGGAACUAAUGACGCGGGGCGAUCUCAAAAGUUAUCUCCGGUCUCUGAGGCCAGAAAUGGAGAAUAAUCCAGUCCUAGCACCUCCAAGCCUAAGCAAGAUGAUUCAGAUGGCUGGAGAGAUUGCAGACGGCAUGGCAUACCUCAACGCCAACAAGUUCGUCCACAGAGACCUUGCUGCCCGGAAUUGCAUGGUAGCCGAGGAUUUCACAGUCAAAAUUGGAGAUUUUGGGAUGACGCGAGAUAUCUAUGAGACUGACUAUUACCGGAAAGGAGGGAAAGGGCUGUUGCCCGUGCGCUGGAUGUCUCCCGAGUCCCUCAAGGAUGGAGUCUUCACCACUUACUCGGACGUCUGGUCCUUCGGGGUUGUCCUCUGGGAGAUCGCCACACUGGCCGAGCAGCCCUACCAGGGCUUGUCCAACGAGCAAGUCCUUCGCUUCGUCAUGGAGGGCGGCCUUCUGGACAAGCCAGACAACUGCCCCGACAUGCUGUUUGAAUUGAUGCGCAUGUGCUGGCAGUACAACCCCAAGAUGAGGCCUUCCUUCCUGGAGAUCAUCAGCAGCAUCAAAGACGAGAUGGAGCCUGGCUUCCGGGAGGUCUCCUUCUACUACAGUGAGGAGAACAAGCUGCCCGAGCCGGAGGAGCUGGACCUGGAGCCAGAGAACAUGGAGAGCGUCCCCCUGGACCCCUCGGCCUCCUCGUCCUCCCUGCCACUGCCCGACAGACACUCAGGACACAAGGCCGAGAACGGCCCCGGCCCUGGAGUGCUGGUGCUCCGCGCCAGCUUCGAUGAGAGACAGCCUUACGCACACAUGAACGGUGGCCGCAAGAACGAGCGGGCCUUGCCGCUGCCCCAGUCUUCGACCUGCUGAUCCUUGGAUCCUGAAUCUGUGCAAACAGUAACGUGUGUGCACGCUCAGCGGGGUGGGGGGAGAGAGAAAGUUUUAACAAUCUAUUCACAAGCCUCCUGUACCUCAGUGGAUCUUCAGAACUGCCAUUGCUGCCCGCGGGAGACAGCUUCUCUGCAGUAAACACAUUUGGGAUGUUCCUUUUUUCAAUAUGCAAGCAGCUUUUUAUUCCCUACCCAAACCCUUAACUGACAUGGGCCUUUAAGAACCUUAAUGACAACACUUAAUAGCAACAGAGCACUUGAGAACCAGUCUCCUUACUCUGUCCCUGUCCUUCCUCAUCCUCUCUCUCUCUCCCUCCCUUUCUCUCACUCUCUGUCACUUUUCUCUUUCUCUCUGCUUCAUAAUGGAAAAAUAAUUGCCGUAAGUCCAGCUGGGAAGCCCUUUUUUAUCAGUUUGAGGAAGUGGCUGUCCCUGUGACCCCAUCCAACCCCUGUACACACCCGCCCGACACCGUA